AACCACCCGCUUAUUAUGCAUGGGUGGGCGGGAAGGACUUGUAUAAAUGACAGGAGGCAACGGACGGCGCAGACAUUCGAAGCUGCUCACGCCUCAGGAUGGCUAAAGGCUGCUGCAGACCCGCCCUGGCUCUUGUUGUGGUGUUGCUCAGCACGUAUGCGGAAGCUACGUCUUCCCGCCACAUGGAUAACUUCAUCGCGGCGGUGAGGCGGGUGGAGGACGGCGUUCCUGGGUCAGGCCCGCUGGCCGUGUUGAGGAGGCUGCGCGGGGCCGCCGGCCUCAAUGACACGUUUGUUCGGCACUUCCUCGGCAACGCCGUCUCCGACGUUCCCGAAUUAGACGCAAGCCUCUCGGGUUACCUCAGCAAGGCUGUGCAUCACAGGCUGACCGGGGACGCCAGAGAGGAAGGCGUUGUCCUGACGCCCGAUGGCACCACCAUCGCCCUUGCGCCCCUCCUUCUUGGCAUCGAGGCCGGUUUCCUCGCCAGGAAGGCGGGCCGCGUGCGGGGCCUGUACCAGCUCACUUUGGCCAAAAACCUGGACAGCUCCCCUCUCCUGGGACCCGACGGAUGCUGGGACAGUGUCACCUCCCCUCAAGUCUUCACCCUCCUCGGCAGCCCCUCUAAGCUCACCGCCGCUCGGGUCAACGGAGGCAUGGACGGCGCGGUUCUCGGGACAGAGGUCUCCGCCAAAGGCAGGCGCCCCCUCUCACUCAGCGGCCUGCUGGCGGAGUACUACGGCCAUCGGCUGGAGAGCAAAGGACUGGACGCCGCCCCGCGCCUUGUCAGCCGGCGCCGCAGGGAGAACUUCAGGGGGCUGGCCUCCCCUCCGGCGCUGGCCAGACAGGUGGUGAAAGCGGCCGAGCUGCGGCGGAGGCUGGCGGGGCGCUCGAAGAUGGCGGCGAAGGAGAAGAAGCAGCUGGUGGCGUUAGUGAACGAGGGAAUGAAAGAGUUCAUCCAUCAGUACAUCGAUUGCCCGCCCAUCAUUCCUCGCUGCAUGUGGGGCGCCGAGCCGUACCGAGGAACCCCCACCAACCUGUCUCUCCCUCUCUCCUUCAUGUACAUCCACCACACCCACACGCCGAGCCAGCCCUGCCUGACCUUCCAGCAGUGCGCCGCCGACAUGCGCUCCAUGCAGCGCUUCCACCAGGAGGACAGAGGCUGGGACGACAUCGGAUACAGCUUUGUCGCGGGCUCCGACGGGUACAUCUAUGAGGGCCGAGGCUGGCUCCAGCGCGGGGCCCACACCCUGGGACACAACUCCGUGGGCUACGGGGUUUCCUUCAUCGGCGACUACGCCACUGGGGUUCCCUCCCAGCAUUCCAUGGGGCUGGUGAGGGAUCAGCUGGCAUCCUGCGCCGUCGGCGGUGGGAGACUGGUCGCUGACUUUGUCCUGCAUGGCCACAGACAGGUGGUGAAAACUUCCUGUCCCGGCGAUGCUUUCUACGAUGAGAUCAGAGGCUGGGAACACUUUGGGGAAGUCAAGAAAGGAAAAUGAUCUGCUUGGCAAGAGGGAGCU